AUGAAUCCUUCAACGCAUUUAUUGAUACAGCAGUUAGCUGCCUCGUUAGAGGUCAAUACGGCCGAGCUAGAUCUCAAUUCUGGUUUCGUGCACAAUGGUGGCAAUUCUCUCAGCGCCGUGGACUUUGCCUCACGAUGCAAAAGCCUAGAGGUUUCACUGCCAAUAGCCUCUAUCCUAUCCUCCACAAACCUACGAUCUCUAUUCACCGACCUGUUAUCAUCAAAGUCCAAUCCUAUUCCUAUCCCAGAUUCAUCCGAUGACAGCGACAAUCUAUCAAACCCCUCCUCUUCAACUGGAGGCUCCCCACGGGUAGCCACGCCAAUCUCCAGCAAUGUAUCCACUGCUGCCGAAGACGACUAUCUGACACAAGGGAGCGUCAUGACCCAACAUGUCACAGAAACCCUGAGCGAGAUGCAAGCGUCCCUCUUGCACGGCUCCCUCAAAAGCCCCGGAACGAAUAUCAUAUACCAUUACGAGACCUACCGAACCGACGUGAUCCCUAUCCUCAAAAAGGCGUGGAAAACAGUCAUUGAAGGCGAGCCGAUAUUCCAAGCCUCCCUUCUUGAUAGAUCAGCUCAGAACCAAGAAUACUUCACUUGGACAGAAGUAACGGUGGAGACAGAAGCGGAGCAUCGCGAACAAUUACAGACCCUUUGGCUUAAAUCAGUAUCGUCAUCUUUCAAAGUAGUCCACUGGAAGAGAUCCCCUCUUGCUAUCGACCAAAGCACAGUGAUCUGGGCUGUUCAUCAUGCGCUGGUCGAUGGUUAUUCGGCUAUGCUGCUAUUUUGCAAAGUCCGCCGUGCUAUAGCGGGUUUACCGAUUGUGCCCGGCCCAUCGUUUUCCGAUGUCGAGAAGCGAAUUCGCAAUUGGCGUCAGGAACACAAGAGUGAAGGGGAUGAGUAUUGGGCAGGCCACGCAGCUCAUCUUGAACAAGCCCAGGGGGAGCUCCUCCUUCCAGCCCCGGCACAAGAAGGGACUUCUUCAGCAAUCACUGAAAGUGAGGAAGUCUACGCAGCACCCAGUGUCUCCACCGCACAAUUGCACUGUGUGGCCAAACGGUUGGGGGUGACACUCUCCACUUGUUACUAUGCGGCAUGGUCAUUAGUCCUCAGCCUAUAUGCGGAUUCAGCCUCGGUGGUGUUUGGUGCCGUCCUAGCUGGUCGGAACCUUCCUUUGGAAGGAGUGGAUGAAGUGGUUGGACCUCUAGUUAAUACACUCCCCCUCUGUCUCACUCUGGAUCGACAACAGUCGGCGCAAGAUUUUCUCAAAGGUUUGUUUUCUCGGAUGGUGGAGCUGGCUGAGUAUCAAUGGACCACACCCGAUAAUGGCUACACGAGGAACUUCUCCUCUGCCAUGGCCAUGCAAGUCCCAGGGCCUGAAUGCAAAGACGGCGUGUCCCCAUUAGAGCCUCCAUACACACGUCAGACCACUGAUGUCCCACUGAGCAUCAAUAUCCUAACCGAUGGCGCAGCUCGCUUUGUCUACCACACCAGUCACUACAGUCGGGCGGAUAUUGUUCGUCUUGGGCAGUAUUUUCAACGCGCGUUGCAGCUCCUCCUUCGACCACACAGACCGAUAGAGGAAUGCCUUCAGGGGCUCUUGGGAUGUGUCGAUAUUCAGACCCUGAUGGGCUUUGGUAACUGUAGCUCCGCUCUGACCACAACCGUCGCUAUUAAAGAAGAUCUGGUGACGCUAUUCGAGUGUGCAGCAUCGCGUAACUCGAUGGACAUUGCUGUUCAAAAGGGCAGCUGCCAUCUUACAUACCAGGAGCUCGACACUCACGCGGGUCGGGUUGCGGCUACAUUGAGAAGUCAUAUCCAGGAUGGAGAGGUGGUCUGUCUCCAUGCAGAUCGGUCGGUUAAUUGGAUCGUUGGGAUCAUGGGCAUCUUGAAGGCAGGGGGUGUAUACUGUGCUUUGGACAAGGCGUUGCCUCAAGAGGCCCGCGAAACCAUCUUCUCAGCCUCUGGAUCUUGUCUGUUUCUGGUCCCUUCGGUCUCCGACCAAUCCUUUUGUCCGACCAAUUGCGAUCGUCUCCUAGUCGUGGAAGACUUGGUGAAGGAUGAAAAUAUCCCCAUCACUCAUCGUGACACGCCUCGACCACAAACCGAUGCGUAUCUAUGCUUUACGUCGGGGUCGACCGGCAAGCCCAAGGGUGUGAUGUGCCUCCAUCAGGGACUAGUUGCCUUUCAGCGCGACCUCGAAGUUCGGCUGUUCGCACAGCCUGGCCGCCGAGUCGCUCAGAUCAUGUCUGUAGCCUUCGAUGGCAGCAUCCACGAGAUUUUCUCGGCGCUCAGCUAUGGAGCGACUCUGGUGCUUCAAAGUGGUGAUGAUCCCUUCGCACACUUGAGCGACGUGGAUUCAGCUAUUCUCACCCCAUCCAUGGCUCGUGUCCUCAACCCGGCUGACUUCAAGAGGCUCAGUACAGUUUACCUCGUCGGCGAGCCCGUCACCCAGGAUGUCUGUGACCGAUGGUCUGAACAAAAGGCGCUCUACAAUAUGUACGGCCCUACGGAAGGGACCUGCGGCGCGACCAUCAAACAGUUGCAUCCCAGAAAGAGGGUGACCAUUGGACCCCCGAAUCCCUCUACCCGCAUCUAUAUUAUGAAUCAAAAGCAGGGGUUAGUCCCACCGGGUGUUAUUGGCGAGAUUUACAUUGCAGGAGUCCAAGUGGCGCGCCAUUAUAUUGGCAUGCCCGAGCAAACGGCGCAAAGGUUCGUGGCAGAUCCGAUCAUCCGCAUUGGGGAGCGUAUGUAUAAAACCGGCGAUCGAGGGUACUGGUCGGAAGACGGGGAAGUCGUCUGUCUGGGACGAACUGAUCGCCAGAUCAAGUUGCGCGGCUUCCGUCUCGACUUAGAUGACUUAGAGACUCGCAUGAUCCGAGCCUUCCCAGCAGUCACUGCUGUCGCACUCACUCGGCAGGGGAACCAUCUCAUCGCCGCUAUUCUUCCUGCAUCGACCGAUGUAGAUGCGUUCGCGGCGCGGGUGGCUCAGGUCCUGCCUCCCUAUGCGACACCACGCAAGAUAUUGGCCCUAGAUGAAUUUCCUACCACCAAGGCCGGCAAGCGAGACUACCAGGCAAUUGCGAAGCUCAGUGCACAAGCACCUGUUUCAACAGGUCGGGCGUUGACUAGUUCAAUGGAGAAGCUCGUCGGCGACGCCUUCCGUGAUAUUCUCCAACUGGGCAAAGAUGUUGCACUACAUACGCAUUCCAGCUUCCGGGAGCUCGGAGGCCAUUCGCUUCUCCAGUUACUGCUGGCCACUCGGAUCAGUCAAGGGGUCAAUCGACAAGUUCCUCUCUAUGUAGUUGCCCAGCAUGAUCGCAUCGACCAUCUCGCCGCCGCCAUUGACAGCGGGCCAGGAUUGCAACAGCUGGCAACACCCGAUCCAAUGGGUCUGGGAGAAUCAACUAUUGCUCCUAUUGAGAGAGAAUGGUGGCAUAAGUACCAGAUCAAUGAGAGUACCUCCAGCUUCAACGUGAAUUUUAUGGCCAAGAUCAACGAGGGUCUGGUGGAUCGUGCACGACUAGUCCACGCUUGUAAUGAGGUUAUGGCCCGGCAUCGCGUCCUGCGCUCUCGGUAUAUUUUCAAUCGAGCAACUGGGUGUGUGGUGCGCCAGUACAGCCCGCUACCACCUCGAGUGCAGGCAGUCAAGACUGUGAACCCCUGGGUGGAAGUCAAUCGGCCCUUCUCUCUCUCUCGGUCUGCUCCCAUCCGCGCCGUUGUGUCAGAUUCCUACUUCAUCCUCACCAUCAGUCACAUCGUUGCCGACUUGACCACCUUACAGAUCCUCCUUCGAGAGAUCUCCUCACAUUACCAGGGGGGCAGUCUUCAAAGUAUUCCAUACACGUACAUGAAUAGUACCCUCUGGCAAGAGAAACCCACCUCCUGCGAUCUCGACUUCUGGUCCGAUUGCCUUGGCCAACUCCCAGCCACUACGCAUCUCCUAGGGCACGGUGGCUUUCGACGCGGUUAUCGUGGCCGGUCUGCACUUUGUGAGAUUCCAACGACGACCUACCAGAGUAUGCGACAGUUCCUUCGCCAGUCAUCCGUCACUGCUCAACAAUUGUCCCUUGCCGUGAUCGCACUCUGCCUUGACGAUCCAUCCACGCUCAUGCCAACUGAGACCGACAUCGUCUUAGGAAUUCCGUACAUCAACCGCAAAUCCCAAGAGGACUUGGAUGUUGUGGGCCUAUUCCUUGAGCCUUUACCAGUUCGCAUCAAGUUCGGCCAGGAGGCACAUGAUAACGAGAAGGCAUCAUAUCUCGAUACCGUGCAACGGGCCGUUCGAUCAUCAGUAGGCCACGCCAUCCACUGGGACCAACUCCUCGAGCAUCUUCAAGUGCCCACCACACCUCCAGACCAUCCUCUGUUCGAUGUCGUUGUCACCUUCCACAGUCAGAGUCAUUCAAACGGGCUGGAGCUCUCCGUCCCAGGACUCCAAACCUGCUACACCUACGCUGAAGGAGCCAAAUUCCGGCUCCUGUGCGAGUUCAGCGCAUUAUCUGAAGACCGACUACUCUUAAGAUUGGAGUAUGAUACUGAUUGCUUUACGGAAAAGGAUAUACAUCUCCUCCAAUCGAGGAUUCCGCUGGCCCUUUCUCUCUUGGUGCAGAAUGUACCGUAUGAUAUGAUCCGGCAAACACUGGCUCGUCCACCAGAGACAGGGCCAGCCAAGGUGUUGAGACCGGAUGUGGUGUUUGGGACUCCGCUCUCUGAUAUCCAGUGAUAUUGCUUAUGGUUGAAAUGCUUUGCUGUAAUUGUUU